AUGAAUUCAGAGUUUCGUGAAUCUCUCUGUCUGUCUGUCUCUCUGUCUGUCUGUCUCUCUGUCUGUCUGUCUGUCUCUCUGUCUGUCUGUCUCUCUGUCUGUCUGUCUCUCUGUCUGUCUGUCUCUCUGUCUGUCUGUCUCUCUGUCUGUCUGUCUCUCUGUCUGUCUGUCUCUCUGUCUGUCUGUCUCUCUGUCUGUCUCUCUGUCUGUCUGUCUCUCUGUCUGUCUGUCUUUCACGUGGUUCCCAACAUGAGGCGAACCCCCGAUGGGGAAAAGGGGCAAUUUGAUUUUAUUUGGGCGAGGAAUAAGCAAGAAUGGGCUAUUAACAUUAGUUAUGAACAGAUUGAUUGUUCAUAUCUAUCUAUCUGUUCAUAUCUAUCAGAUAGUUAUGAACAGAUUGAUUGUUCAUAUCUAUCUAUCUGUUCAUAUCUAUCAGAUAGUUAUGAACAGAUUGAUUGUUCAUAUCUAUCUAUCUGUUCAUAUCUAUCAGAUAGUUAUGAACAGAUUGAUUGUUCAUAUCUAUCUAUCUGUUCAUAUCUAUCAGAUAGUUAUGAACAGAUUGAUUGUUCAUAUCUAUCUGUCUGUUCAUAUCUACCUAUCUGUCUGUUCAUAUCUAUCUAUCUGUCUGUUCAUAUCUAUCUAUCUAUCUGUCUGUUCAUAUCUAUCUAUCUAUCUGUCUGUUCAUAUCUAUCUAUCUAUCUGUCUGUUCAUAUCUAUCUAUCUGUCUGUUCAUAUCUAUCUAUCUGUCUGUUCAUAUCUAUCUAUCUGUCUGUUCAUAUCUAUCUAUCUGUCUGUUCAUCUGUUCAUAUCUAUCAGAUAGUUAUGAACAGAUUGAUUGUUCAUAUCUAUCUAUCUAAGGAAUUUGCAUGUAUAAUUGAAAUGGACAAAGAACAUCGCUUUCUCUCCUUACGUCGCUGGGCAGGGCCAGCCUCUCCGAUUUGUUGGCUCGGAAUGAACUUUUUUUUUCUCCACUGCUUCCAAGAGGAACUCCUUAAUUUUAACUUUAUUUCCAUUUCUUUCUUUCUUUAUUUCUUUCUUUCUUUCUUUCUUUCUUUCUUUCUUUCUUUCUUCGCUCUUCAUCUUCCUUCUCUACCCUCUCUCUCUCUCUCUCUGUCAUUCCCACCCCCUCUCUCUCGUUCCCCUCCACCCCUCUCUCUCUCUCUCUGUCGUUCCCACCCACCCCUCUCUCUCUCUCUCGUUCCCCACCACCUCUCCCUCUCUCUGUCUUCCCUCCACCCCUCUCUCUCUCUGUCGUUCCCACCCUCCACCCCUCUCUCUCUGUCGUUCCCACUCCACCCUCUCUCUCUCUCUCUCUCUCUCUCUGUCGUUCCCCACUCCACCCCUCUCUCUGUCGUUCCCCUCUCUCUGUCGUUCCCACUCCACCCCCCUCUCUCUCUGUCGUUCCCACUCCACCCCCUCUCUCUCUCUCUCUCUCUCCCCCACCCCCCCCCUCUCUCUCUCUCUGUCGUUCCCACUCCACCCCUCUCUCUCUCUGUGUCAUUCCCUCUCCACGUCAUUCCCUCCACCCCCCCUCUCGCCCUCCACCUCCCUGUGUCGUUCCUCCUCCAUUCUUCUCUCUCUCUCUCUCUCUCUCUGUCGUUCCCCCUCCAUCGCCUCUAUCUUCGACUCUUGAAUUUUUACCUUUUUUCCUCUUUUUCUUUUUCCCGUCUUUUUUCCUCUUUUUCUUUUUCCCGUCUUUUUUCCUCUUUUUCUUUUUCCCGUCUUUUUUCCUCUUUUUCUUUUUCCCCUGUCUUUUUCCUCUCUUUUUCCCUGUCUUUUUUUCCUCUCUUUUCCUUUCUCUUUUUUCCCGUCUUUUUUCCUCUUUUUCUCUUUUCCCGUCUUUUUUCCUCUCUCUUUUUCCCGUCUUUUUUCCUCUCUCUUUUUCCCGUCUUUUUUCCUCUCUCUUUUUCCCGUCUUUUUUUUCUCUCUUUUCCCGUCUUCUUUUUUUCCUCUCUUUUUCGUUGUCUUCUUUUUCCUCUCUUCCUUUCCCGUCUUCUUUUUUUCCUCUCUCUUUUUCCCGUCUUUUUUCCUCUCUCUUUUUCCCGUCUUCUUUUUUCCUCUCUCUUUUUCCCGUCUUCUUUUUUCCUCUCUCUUUUUCCCGUCUUCUUUUUUCCUCUCUCUUUUUCCCGUCUUCUUUUUUCCUCUCUCUUUUUCCCGUCUUCUUUUUUCUUCUCUCUUUUUCCCGUCUUUGAUUCGUUUUUCCUCUUUUCUCCUUUCUUUCCUCACCACCUUCUGUCUUACCUUCAUAGUUUUAUUCUUAAAUGCGCCUUUCUUACACACCACAAAUAG